AUGUCUGGUGGCGGCUCGAGCUUGGAACCCAUAUUGCGUGGGUUCCACGAUGCCGGUUUCCAGGCUGUGAUUCAGCAAUUUGCAGCUGAGAGGGCUCUGCAUUUUCAAGCCACAUGCCCAGAUGGUUCACAGCCACUCAUUUGGACCCAGUAUUUCAACGAGUACCGCGAACUCUUUGAAGAGCAUUUGCGGCAAAUAUUACAUUCCCUCGGAAUGACGGAAGACACGUUCCAUGAACUGUGCGGCUACUUGCAGGAGAUUGAAGAGAACUUGGGCGAUGAUUCUGAGAAUUUAUAUGGCUACAUUAAGGCUAUCACUUCAUCUGAGGAUUACGAUGCAUUCCUGCAGUUGAUGUUCGCAGAGGUUCAGCGACAACAGCAGCAAGCUGGAGCUGGCCCCGGAACGUCACAAGAGAUUGACGUAGUAGUGCCCGAAGGCAUGGGUCCUGGGGA